AGCAAGCCACCCUCGUAGAGCAAGUGAAACGAGUGAAAGAAAUUGAAGCUAUUGAAAGUGACUCCUUUGUUCCGCAGACAUUCAGAUCAAGUAAAGAAGUCAAAAAGUCAACAGAACCUACAGAACUACAAUAUGAACCUGUAACUGUCAGAGCGGGAACUGUUGAUGUGUCUGCUUCUGUAAAAGAGCCACCACCUGCCAACAUCCCUACUGCCAUCAAAUAUCAAGAUGAUAAUUCUUUAGCUCAUCCAAACCUGUUUAUCGAGAAGGCAGAAGCAGAAGAGAAGUGGUUCCAGAGGCUGAUUGCUCUUCGGCAGGAGAGGCUGAUGGGCAGCCCAGUGGCCUGA